GGUUCCCUAUAAAUUGGAAGAUAUUCUCAAGAUUGAGCUUUAAAAUUUAUCAUUGCCUCUUCCCAGGCUUUUGCCUUCUAGAAACUCACUCCACUCUGUGCAACCUGGCAGUCCCUACGUCACAGAAUGUCCCCUUCAAACGAUACUCAUCGCUCCACGCGAGCAUUGCAUGCCGAUGACCCUCUGAACCUCGUCACUGACGUUGCCCCUCCGAUACACUUGUCGACAACAUUCAGAUUCCCGAGCGACCCCAAUGACCUGCUACCUUCCGUCGAUCCCGUGGAUGAGUUUAACGGGAAGAACUACGUAUACUCCCGCGAGUUUGCUCCGAACGCAACUCGCUUUGAAGCCGUUCUUUCUUCGCUAAUUGGCGGUAAUGCAGUCUGCUACGCAACUGGGCUAGCUUCUCUGACUGCUGCCUUGGUGCUGCUGAACCCCCGCCGCAUCUCGGUUGGCGAAGGUUACCAUGGUAGCCAUGAAGUGAUCGGUGUUCUCUCACGCCUGUCUGGCCUUCAGAAACUGGACCUUCAUUGCCCUGCAGAGAGCUUAGAAAAAGGAGAUGUGAUACUGCUUGAAACUCCUAUAAAUCCGCUGGGCACAGCUUACAGCAUCGAGCAAUUUGCCCAGAAGGCUCAUUCUAGAGGUGCUUACCUCAUUGUCGAUAGCACCUUCGCGCCGCCAAGCUUGCAAGAUCCGUUUCAGUGGGGCGCGGACAUUGUGAUGCAUUCCGGCUCCAAGUAUUUUGGCGGUCACAGUGACAUGCUCUGUGGUGUGCUUGCCACAAAACGACAGGACUGGACGAAGAAACUUUAUGAGGAUAGACUUGCGUUUGGAAGUGUCAUCGGCAACUUGGAAGCUUGGCUUGGUCUUCGAAGUCUGCGCACACUGGAAGUUCGUGUGGAGCGCGCAAGUCAGACGACUGAAAAAUUGAUCUCAUGGCUGAAUGAGGGUCUGAACGCUCAAAGUCCAGCUCCAGGGAGCGAGGAGCAGACCAUACAAACCGUCCUUCAGAAGAUCCACCAUGCCAGCUUGCAGGAUGAGCCUUGGGUUCGGGAGCAGAUGCCCAAUGGUUUCGGUCCUGUAUUCUCAAUUGUGCUCCAGAGCGAGGAUUUUGCGCGAGUCCUGCCAAGUAAAUUGCACUUUUUCCAGCAUGCAACUAGCCUCGGUGGUGUCGAGUCCUUGAUUGAAUGGAGAGCAUUGUCUGACUCUAGAGUUGACCGGAAGCUCUUGCGAGUUAGUGUUGGAUUGGAGAAUUGGAAGGACUUGAAGAAUGACUUGCUCCAAGCAUUCAAAUCCAUUCUGCCGCACGCUUGAUUUAUUGUUUCGAAGCCUUUCUGCUGUAUAUAUUGAUAUUUUGUUCCAUGAAAUUUUAACGACAAUUUUGUAGUAGUGUUUAC